AUGAGUGCCAGGGCGCCCAAAGAGCUGAGGCUGGCGCUGCCGCCUUGUCUCCUCAACCGGACCUUUGCUUCCCCCAACACCAGUGGCAGCGGCAACGCUAGUGCCCGUGGCUCGGGAGCAGGCGGUGGCACCUGCAUUACGCAGGUGGGACAGCAGCUCUUCCAGUCCUUCUCCUCUACGCUGGUGCUGAUUGUCCUGGUCACCCUCAUCUUCUGCCUCAUCGUGCUGUCCCUCUCCACCUUCCACAUCCACAAGCGUAGGAUGAAGAAGCGGAAGAUGCAGAGGGCUCAGGAGGAAUAUGAGCGAGAUCACUGCAGCGACAACCUCGGUGGCAGGGAGCUACCCCCAGCGGGAGGCCAGGCCCCAACCCACAUAAAAGAAACCCGGCUGGAGAGGCAGCCCAGGGACUCCGCCUUCUGCAACCCUUCCAACGCGCCCUCCUCUCCUUUGUCCCCUGGCCUCCCAUGCCAGGGUCCCUUUGCUCCUCUGCCUCCACCACCGGCCCCCAGUCUGCAAGGAGCACACACAGCCUCCUCCUGUUUGGACACAGCUGGCGAGGCCCUUUUGCAAACGGUGGUACUGUCCUGA